AUGAGCUUCACCCAAUUCGAUGGCACUGCGGCCUUCUCUGGCGGUGGCUUCAUGCCCCCUCAGGCCACCCAGACCGCCGACCCCUCUUUCAAUACCUCCAAGAAUCGUGACGUUCAGACAUUGCUGCCACUUAGUGUGAAGCAGAUAAAGGAUGCAUUUGUCUCAGCAAAUGAAAAAUCAGAAUUUGUUAUUGACGGUGUUGACGUGAACAAUGUUACACUUGUGGGGAUGGUCCGUGACAAAGUUGGAAGAAUUACGGAUGUUGCUUUCAUUCUUGACGAUGGGACUGGACGGUUGGAUUGUAACAAGUGGUUUGAUGAAGCAAUAGACGCAAAUGAAAUGGAAAGAAUCUUGGAUGGAAUGUAUGUCCGGGUUCAUGGACGCUUGAAGAGCUUUCAGGGCAAAAAGACCUUAAAUGUCUUCUCUAUUAGGCCUGUGAAUGACUAUAAUGAGAUUGCAAGCCACUUCAUUGAGUGUAUAUACGUCCAUGUCUACAACAGCAGGUUACAGAAAGCACAUGUUGAUGUUGGCGUCACUACUCAACCACAUAUGACAAUCCCAACAAAUCAGUUUUCUGGCCAAUAUAGCUUCGAUGGACAGAGUAGCACUGAAAUAAAGGUCUUAGAAAUUUUGAGCCAGCCUUCAUAUCUUGCAAGGGAAGAGGGGGCACACCUUGAUGAUAUAGCCCGACAACUGAAAAUUCCAGUGAAUGAUCUCAUGUUAGCUGUUGAUAAUCUAGUACAGGAAGGCAAAGUUUACUCAACAGUUGAUGACUUUCACUUCAAAUCAACUGCCAAUGCUUAA